AUGUCCGACGAGCAAGACGCGCUCAAAAGCCAGAUCAAUCCGCCAGCUGAUCAGCAACUUGCACUCGACACGGAGCCGCACAGUGGUCGCGAUCGAUCUACGAGGCAAGUCGAGAGCGGCGAGCGGCUAACCUGGAUUAUUCGAUUGUCUUCUAGCGAUGCAUGGUUUCCUCCAAAUCCACCGCCUUCAUCCCCGCACAGCGCGACUGUGAUUCCGUUUUCGCUCCCCGCCCCGAGCUUUGAAGAGGGAGACACGUCGUUUUCAAGAUCUAUAGAUGCUAUUCUAGCUACGCAAACUGAACGUGAAGUCGUCGAGGAGAAGAAAAUAGCGGCUGCCGUGUCGAAGCGGGCUUCAAACGUCCUCAAGCUCACGCAGGAGAACAAGGACCUCGAGAGAGAGCUCAAGGAAAUGGCAGAAAGACUAGAGGCUAUUGAGCGAAAGUCUCAAGAGCUCAAGACUCGGCAGGGCAGCCCAACCACAUCCAAGACAGGGGACACAUCGCCUCCACCUGGCGAGUCUUGA